AACAUUGUGCGUCUUGUGGUUUUGAAAGUCGGGCGCUGAUUGGCUGUUUGUAAAGAAAAGUCGGUUUAAACUGAGGGGCGGGAGAAAGUUCAGUUUGUACUCCGAACCGGCACCAGCUCUAUUCGGACUGAGACCGAACUAACACCUAACUUGUACCUGCAGCAACCGGACCGCCAUGGCCUCCCAGAACAUGGACCCCGCAGCGGCUGCAGCUUCAUCCACAGCUGCCCUGAAGGGGAGUGAUAGCGCCAGCAGCGCGACCAGAGGCUCGGUGACCAAGCGGCUGCAGCAGGAGCUGAUGACCCUCAUGAUGUCAGGUGAUAAGGGCAUCUCGGCGUUUCCUGAAUCAGAUAAUCUCUUUAAAUGGGUUGGAACCAUCGAUGGAGCUCAAGGGACGGUGUAUGAAGGGCUGCGGUACCGACUGUCCCUGGAUUUUCCGGCCGGGUAUCCAUAUCAGGCCCCACGUGUGAAGUUUGUGACUCCAUGCUUUCAUCCCAACGUGGACAAUCAGGGAUUUAUCUGUCUGGACAUCUUGAAGGAAAAGUGGUCUGCUCUGUAUGAUGUUCGCUCCAUUCUCCUGUCCAUCCAGAGCCUGCUGGGAGAACCCAACAACGACAGUCCUCUGAACAUGGCCGCAGCAGAUAUGUGGGAGAACCAAGAUGCCUUCCGAGCUCACCUCCACGCCACAUUCCAGAAGUGAAGCAGCUCCUCCUUUCUUCCUACUGCCUGAUUGUAUCAUAUUUUUAUGUUUGUUCGCCAUACUGUGUUAAUAAAGUUCUUAAUUCAA